AUGCCUUCCCAGAACGAUUUGCGCUCUAUCGACGAAAUACCAUUGCCGUACCAAAGCAUAUUUAGUCAAUAUCCCUGUUUUAACGUUGUCCAAUCAGCUGUCCUGGAUCAGGCAUUGAAUACAGAUACUUCUUUCGUCGUUUCUGCACCCACUGGAUCAGGCAAAACGGCAAUUUUUGAACUGGCUAUUGUGCGACAUUUGGUUGCUGGUGAAGCUAGCCUGAAUGCACUCGACAAUAAAAUUAUUUACAUUUCGCCUAUAAAGGCGUUGUGCCAAGAACGGCUGGUUGAUUGGCAUAAAAAGCUUUCCUGUUUUGGUGUGAACUGUAUCUCAGUUACGAGUGAUAAUGAUGAGGUCGAUCCCAGGGCACUUUUGCAAUACAAUAUCAUUAUUUCAACUCCRGAAAAAUGGGAUGUUUUAACGAGAAGAUGGAAAGAGAAUAAUAAACUGAUUGAUGCCGUCUCYUUGUUUUUAAUUGAUGAAGUGCAUUUGUUAAAUGCGGAUUCAAGAGGCUCUACAUUGGAAGUGAUAGUCAGUAGAAUGAAAACAGCUAGAGGAUCGUACUUGUUUAAUGGUAAUGCUAAAGGUAUUAGAUUCAUUGCUUUAUCAGCAACGAUUCCAAAUAUUGAAGAUAUUGCAGAGUGGAUGGGACAAUCAGAACCCGCUAAAUACUUCCAGUUUUCAGAGGAAGUUCGGCCCGUGAAACUAAAUAAGAUAGUACUUGGCUAUAAUUUCAAUCCACAAGUUCAAUCAGUUUUCAAGUUCGACAUGUCUUUGAGCUAUAAAAUAUCUGGUCUUAUAUCGAAACACUCGGAAGGAAAACCCACAUUGAUAUUUUGUAAUACGCGGAAAAGUGUCGAGAUGACUGCAAAUCACUUAGUGAAAAAUUUGCAAAUUCGCUUAUCCCAAGAACAAAAAGAAAUUCUUAUGAAAAUUUCCCAAAAUAUUGCUGAUGUGAAAUUAAGACAGAAUAUUGUCCAUGGAAUUGCCUUCCAUCAUGCAGGAUUGAUUCCAAAUACUCGACACACUAUUGAAGAAUCAUUCAAAACUGGACAAAUACCGGUUUUGGUAACUACGAGUACUUUGGCAAUGGGAGUAAACUUACCAGCUCACUUGGUAAUAGUCAAAUGUACAAAAUGUUAUUCCGAUGGAGGCUAUAAAGAUUAUGACGAAGUAUCGAUUUUCCAAAUGAUAGGAAGAGCUGGAAGGAGUCAAUUUGAUACCAGCGCGACUGUUCUAAUUUUGACCAGUCUACAGGACAAGAUCAAGUAUGAACAAAUGUUGAGCUGCUCUCAGAUAAUCGAGUCCAAUCUGCAUAAACAUUUGACAGAGCAUUUAAAUGCAGAAGUUGUUCUUCGGACUAUCACAGAUUUGGAAGUAGCAAUGAGAUGGCUAUCGUCCACAUUUUUAUAUGUGCGGGCCAGAAAAUCUCCGGAAAAGUAUAAACUUCCCGCUGGAUUAAGUAAAGAUAAAAUUGACAAAAAAUUACUUGAAAUGUGCCAAAUAGACCUGAAUAAACUAGUUGCAACAGGCAUGAUCAGAAUGAAUCAGGCUAUUGAAGUUACCCCAACGGUUAUUGGUGAAAUUAUGGCCAAAUAUUAUGUAGCAUUCGAAACUAUGAAAUUGUUUACACAGAUUACAGGUUCUGAAAUUUUAAUUCAAAUUCUUGCCAUCAUUUCAAAGUGUAAAGAGUUUUCGGAUUUUUACUUAAGGACAACUGACAAACGGUGUCUGAAUUUAUUGAAUAAGAACACGAAGAAGGAAGCUAUUCGAUUUCCUCUUACAGGACGAAUAAAAUCUAAUGAUAUGAAGGUAAACGUAAUAAUUCAGGCAGUGCUUGGGAACUUGGAUAUUCAAAACCAGGGGCUUGUCUGCGAUUCGAUGAAAAUAAUGCGAUGCUGUGAACGUUUAGCGAAUUGUUUAAUAGAAUAUCUUGAAACCAGGGACAAGUGCUACAGCGCCCUUUCCAAUACAAUUACGUUAGCAAAAUGUUUUCGAGUGAAAUUAUGGGAAAACUCGCCGUACGUAUCGAAACAACUCACUGGGGUCGGCCAGGUUAUUUCUACGUUACUUAUGAAGGCCGGGAAAACAUCUUUUAAAGAAAUUACCAGCACAAAUCCUAGACAUAUUGAAAUGGCAAGUAUUUGUUCAUAUUUAGUAUAAGAUUUAAUGAGCUGCAAUAUUUUU